GAGAACAUAUUUUUUCACAAUCCGUGCUGAUUGCCAGCUGUACAGUUGUUGAAACAAUUCUGCUAUAAAUAUUUCACAGAGGCACUGGCAUUGCAUAUUCGUUUUUGUGUAACAACGGUCAUUUUAUUUGAAGAACAAUGUCUAACACUGUUUCUUUCAGUACACAAAUAGCUGCAAUCAUGGAUGUGCUAGCAAAGGCAGCUGUUGCAGAAAUAACCAAACUUGUAGACGAGGGCACUGUCGUGCUACGGCUUGAAAUGUGUCGGAAAGAAAAUGAGAUAGAAGGCCUUCAAAAUAGUGUACAGCUGAUGGAAAGAGAAUUGAGGAAAGCUCAAAGGGAAGUAGCAACACGAGUGGCAAAUUACAGGCAACAUGCUGAGGGAAUUCAGGUUGGAAGUGGGACUCUACAAAAAGGUGAUGACAAGAACCAACAAGCCCAAGCCAUGCCUGUAGAGGACCCAGUAGAGAGCUUCAAUGAGCUGCAGAGGUUUGGACACCUUGAAGAGGCGAGGGGUGGAAUGGAGUUUCUGGUGAAAGCAGAGCAGGUGGAAGAACAUGUAGCCCAGGGAACCAUACAAGACCCAGGAAUCACAGACAGUGUAGACUUUAUAAUGGAUGAGAGAGAUAGUCAGCUGUGGUCCUCUGUUACACAAGGACUAAGUGGGAAUAAUUCUGGUCACCCAGAUGGGUCUUACACUACAGAAAGAUGCUUACAGAUGUUCUCCUCUCAGGCAGAUCAAUAUCACAAUCCCAUCCCAUCCCCUCCUUCCUGCAACUCUUUGUCCACUGUAGGGAAACCGUUGGAUGACAUAGUCAGCACUGUCCCAGUGAAAGUGGAGCCUGAGAGGCAUCCUGUGUAUCAUGACGAUGCCAUGUCUGAGUCCAUACAAGCUGUGCAGGGGCAGUACAGAGAUACUCUGCAUCCUGUUGUGAGGGAGGGCUUGAUUUUACAUCCCAGACUGCAGCAACCAGGACCUUCUUCACAAGGGCUCAUAAGAGCAACUGAGAGCACAUCUGAGUCACACUCACACAACCAAGAGCAUAUUCUUAAUAAGAACAGAUUGAAAACAAAGAGGAUGGUAAAUGUUUGGAGAGCUGUAUCAAACCAAAAACUGUUUAUCUGCUCAUUGUGUGGAAAGAGUUUCCACCGCCAUUGUCAACUUGAAGCUCACCAGCACUCUCAUGCUGGAGUCAAACCAUACAGAUGUCUUGAGUGUGGGAAAAGUUUUACUCAGAAAAAAAGACUCAAGUCACAUCAGAGUGUUCACACGGGUGAGAGACCUUUCAGUUGCAGACUCUGUGGCAAGAUGUUUACAAGGCAGGACAACUGCCAAAGACAUGAGCGAUUUCACAGUGGACAAAAGCCAUUUAGUUGUGUGCAGUGUGGUAAAAGUUUCACGGUUCUCAGUAAUCUCAAACUACAUCAAAAACAUCAAUGUAAAUUUGCCGAUGUCAGAAUGUAAGAUUGCAUGUUGUUCAGUGUUUUCCUCAGUUAAUGAACUGUUCAUAUCGAUUGUUGAGCCGUUCAACUGUACUGAGAUUAGCAGGUUUAGGUUUCCAACAUGUCACUGGUUUCUACAUUAUGAAUUAAGUAUUUUCUUUGCCUCACCAAGAGAGCAACAGCUGCAUGAUAGCUUGAAUUUUCUUGUGCAUAUUCUCCUGUAGUUACGGUUCAUUUUUAUGAUCAUAGCAGCAGUUUGAGUUAGUGCAUUUUGGGGUUAAAAAUAAAGUUGACAUUUGAUUGCAUUGUAAAACAUCUUUAACAUUUCUUCAAUUACUUUGCAGUUUAAGUGCAAUGCAAUGAAAUGUGAAACUGUGCUUUUUGACAACUGUCAAUCAACCGCUGUUUUGUUGCCACACAGUUCGACUGUAAGCUAGGCUGCCUAUGUAACUUAAAUUGCUUGAUUAACAUUAUUGCUUGAGGAUUUUGUACCCGGAUGGGUUUUGACAUUAAUAAUAGCCUAAUUGUUUCUUCCCGUUGUAGCUACUGUAGGUGUCCACUCCCAAGUGUGACUGUCAGAAGGAUGCUUCAAAAGCUUGUUUUGGCCUGGCAUCUGCGACCUGCUGCUCUAGGCCCGGUUUCCCAGAAGCAUAUAAAGGCUAAGUUCAUCGUUAGAACCUUCGUAAGAGCAUCAUUAAACCUCUGAGCUGUUUCCCAAAACCAUCGUUACUAAAGUUGCACUUAAACGCUCAUUAUUUACCGACUGCCUCAGACCACUGGUAGAACAGCUAAGUGCGUCGUUAGAUGCUUUUUUUGCCAUUCUGUGUCACUUUAAACACACGUAGAAUCAAGAUGCUAAACAUAGAAUCAAGAUGUUUGUCUCUGUGAUCGCAGAUAACUUCAGAACGAAGUUGACUACACAUAAAGUUGCCAAUGUCUUUGCAAUAGUUACAAACAAGCGAAAUAUAAAGUUGCUUCAAAAGAAAACCGAUGACUGCAUUAAAAGAUAAAUACAGUAGGAUUGUAGGCUUUGGUUAGAUUCAUGGGACCACCCAUACUAAAAAUGUAUGCGCCAUUGGAGGCUGAUGGGAGGACGGCUCAUUGUAAUGACUGGAAUGGAAUUAAUGGAACGGUAUCAAACACAUCAAGCAUACAGUAUGGAAACGACAUGUUUAACUCCGUUCCAAUAAUGCCAUUCCAGCCAUUACUAUGAGCCUGUACUAUAGCUUCUCCCACCAGCCUCCACUCGUA